AUGGCGUCCUCCAGAAACUACCGACUCAUUUUCUCUGAGUGGCUUGAUGCCCUUCGAAAUGGCGACUGGGGUAGUGCGGAGACGUUUGUGGCAGACGACGUCAUCGUCAAUGGCAGCAGCACAGCGGGGCAGGCCUACAUUCAAGAGCUCAAAGACGAUAAUUUUCAAACCGCGCGUCUCGACUUGUGCAUCGUUGACGAUGAGAGGGCCGAGCUUGCUGCGCGCUUCGUGUUUCCUCCGCGCUCGCCGGAGUCGCCGCUCCUCGACGAGGGCAAGGAGUGGACUGCGCAGACGUUUUUUUCCUUUGCAAACGACAAGAUCUCGGCGAUCCAGGCUCUCGCAGGCGCAAACAACUCUGCAGGACCGGAGCCCAAUCAUGGUGAUGGUGAAGUGAAUCAAGACCCGGCGCUGCUGCGAAAGACGUUGAAGACGGAGGACCUGCGCAAGUUCUACACAGAGUAUAUUGACUCGAUCAACGCGCGCACGAUGCGUGACCGUGUCGACGAAUUUUGUCCAGGGGUGGUAGUGCACAACUACUUUAGCUACGUGCAGCGUCAGUACAGAGGACUGAUUGAAUCCAGCUUCGACGAGAUUUCAGGUCUGCGCUUUACAGUCGAGAGGCUCAUUGUCAACGAGGAGGCUCAGCAGGUAGCUGCGCGACUCACUUUUACCGGCGUGCCGACCAAGAAUUUUCGCGGAAUCGCACCGACGGGAAAGCCAGUCAGCUUCAGCGAGCAUGCCUUUUACCAGCUCGAAGAGGGCCGAAUCAGACAAGUCUGGUCGCUUCUGGAUUUGGCAGCAUAUCGGGCGUCAAUCGCGCCGUGA